AUGACCAAAGAGGUUAACUCCGUCAGAAAGCUGAUAAGGCAUAGUCACCUCAUCCAGAGCCCCGUGGAUAUUGAAGGGGUGUUUGAUCGGAAAGGGGUGCCCAACCCUAAGGAUAUUGAAGGGGUGUUUGAUCGGAAAGGGGUGCCCAACUCUAAGGAUAUUGAAGGGGUGUUUGCUCGGAAAGGGGUACCCAACCCUAAGGAUAUUGAAGGGGUGUUUGAUCGGAAAGGGGUGCCCAACCCUAAGGAUAUUGAAGGGGUGUUUGAUCGGAAAGGGGUGCCCAACUCUAAGGAUAUUGAAGGGGUGUUUGAUCGGAAAGGGGUACCCAACCCUAAGGAUAUUGAAGGGGUGUUUGAUCGGAAAGGGGUGCCCAACCCUAAGGAUAUUGAAGGGGUGUUUGAUCGGAAAGGGGUGCCCAACCCUAAGGAUAUUGAAGGAGUGUUUGAUCGGAAAGGGGUACCCAACCCUAAGGAUAUUGAAGGGGUGUUUGAUCGGAAAGGGGUACCCAACCCUAAGAAUAUUGAAGGGGUGUUUGAUCGGAAAGGGGUACCCAACCCUAAGGAUAUUGAAGGGGCGUUUGAUCGGAAAGGGGUACCCAACCCUAAGGAUAUUGAAGGAGUGUUUGAUCGGAAAGGGGUACCCAACCCUAUGGAUAUUGAAGGGGUGUUUGAUCGGAAAGGGGUACCCAACCCUAAGGAUAUUGAAGGGGUGUUUGAUCGGAAAGGGGUGCCCAACCCUAAGGAUAUUGAAGGGGUGUUUGAUCGGAAAGGGGUGCCCAACUCUAAGGAUAUUGAAGGAGUGUUUGAUCGGAAAGGGGUACCCAACCCUGAGGAUAUUGAAGGGGUGUUUGACCGGAAAGGGGUGCCCAACCCUAAGGAUAUUGAAGGGGUGUUUGAUCGGAAAGGGGUACCCAACCCUAAGGAUAUUGAAGGGGUGUUUGAUCGGAAAGGGGUGCCCAACCCAAAGGAUAUUGAAGGGGUGUUUGAUCGGAAAGGGGUACCCAACCCUAAGGAUAUUGAAGGGGUGUUUGAUCGGAAAGGGGUGCCCAACCCUAAGGAUAUUGAAGGGGUGUUUGAUCGGAAAGGGGUGCCCAACCCUAAGGAUAUUGAAGGAGUGUUUGAUCGGAAAGGGGUACCCAACCCUAAGAAUAUUGAAGGGGUGUUUGAUCGGCAAGUGGUGCCCAACCCUAAGGAUAUUGAAGGGGUGUUUGAUCGGAAAGGGGUGCCCAACCCUAAGGAUAUUGAAGGGGUGUUUGAUCGGAAAGGGGUGCCCAACCCUAAGGAUAUUGAAGGGGUGUUUGAUCGGAAAGGGGUGCCCAACCCUAAGGAUAUUGAAGGAGUGUUUGAUCGGAAAGGGGUACCCAACCCUAAGCAUAUUGAAGGGGUGUUUGAUCGGAAAGGGGUGCCCAACCCUAAGGAUAUUGAAGGAGUGUUUGAUCGGAAAGGGGUACCCAACCCUAAGGAUACUGAAGGGGUGUUUGAUCGGAAAGGGGUACCCAACCCUAAGGAUAUUGAAGGAGUGUUUGAUCGGAAAGGGGUACCCAACCCUAAGGAUAUUGAAGGGGUGUUUGAUCGGAAAGGGGUGCCCAACCCUAAGGAUAUUGAAGGAGUGUUUGAUCGGAAAGGGGUGCCCAACUCUAAGGAUAUUGAAGAGAUGUUGGAUCGGAAAGGGGUGCCCAACCCUAAGGAUUAUGAAGGGGUGUUUGAUCGGAAAGGGGUACCCAACCCUAAGGAUAUUGAAGGGGCGUUUGAUCGGAAAGGGGUGCCCAACCCUAUGGAUAUUGAAGGGGUGUUUGAUCGGAAAGGGGUGCCCAACCCUAAGGAUAUUGAAGGAGUGUUUGAUCGGAAAGGGGUACCCAACCCUAAGGAUAUUGAAGGGGUGUUUGAUCGUAAAGGGGUGCCCAACCCUAAGGAUAUUGAAGGAGUGUUUGAUCGGAAAGGGGUACCCAACCCUAAGGAUACUGAAGGGGUGUUUGAUCGGAAAGGGGUACCCAACCCUAAGGAUAUUGAAGGAGUGUUUGAUCGGAAAGGGGUGCCCAACCCUAAGGAUAUUGAAGGAGUGUUUAAUCGAAAAGGGGUACCCAACCCUAAGGAUAUUGAAGGGGUGUUUGAUCAGAAAGGGGUGCCCAACCCUAAGGAUAUUGAAGGAGUGUUUGAUCGGAAAGGGGUACCCGACCCUAAGGAUAUUGAAGGGGUGUUUGAUCGGAAAGGGGUACCCGACCCUAAGGAUAUUGAAGGAGUGUUUGAUCGGAAAGGGGUGCCCAACCCUAAGGAUAUUGAAGGGGUGUUUGAUCGGAAAGGGGUACCCGACCCUAAGGAUAUUGAAGGGGUGUUUGAUCGGAAAGGGGUGCCCAACCCUAAGGAUAUUGAAGGGGUGUUUGAUCGGGAAGUGGUACCCAACCCAAAGGAUAUUGAAGGGGAGUUUGAUCGGAAAGGGGUGCCCAACCCUAAGGAUAUUGAAGGGGUGUUUGAUCGGCAAGUGGUGCCCAACUCGAAUAAUCGUAAAGGGGUGCUUGAUCGAAAGGCGAUUCAAAGGCUAAGGAUAGAUUUGGGGGUAACCUCCCCUAACCUCAACACAACUAACCCUAAGGAUGGGAGAGGCACACGAGAUCUGUGUGGCAAGUGUCACUUUCGGCAGCCCGAGCCAAUUAGCGCCGGCACACUGCGCCCUGUAACCUCCAUUGUAACCGUUGUCUGUCCUGUUUGUGCGUUUCUAAACAUUCAAGUUCUGUGGAUUUUGUUGUCAGUUUAG